CUUUUUAAUUAGCAGACGACCUAUUCGAUUCGAUUUUGGUGGUGACAUAAAACCAAAAACCGCUUCAACGGCACACAAAAAGAAGAAGACCGACGACAGUGAGAGAAUCAUAAAACAUAAUAAUGCAGCCAGGGAGUAUGGAAUCGCGGAACGAAGACCGGCCAAAGAGCCCGGUUCUAUGCGCAAAGGGUUGCGGCUUCUUCGGCAAUCCCACAACUCAUAACCUCUGCUCAAAGUGCUACAGAGAUUUUUUGAAAGAAGAAUCGAUGUCAGCCUUGUCCGGCAUGGACAAACCCUCGAGGACUCCGCCGACAAACCCUUUCCCCUGUUUUGGCGGGAAUAACGUCGUGAGUCCGGCAGAGCAAGAAGAAGAAGAAGACAGUAAUAAUAAUCCACCACCGCCUCCGCCCCAGAAAAAGAACCGGUGCCAAAGCUGUAACAAGAAAACGGGAUUGACGGGGUUUAGUUGCCGAUGCGGAGGAGUAUUCUGCGGGAUGCAUCGUUACCCGGAAGAGCAUGGUUGCAGUAACGACUACAAGUCUCAAGGCCGCACUUCCAUUGCCAAACAUAAUCCAUUGUGUGUUAAAGAUAAGAUGGACUACCGCCUCUGAUUGUCGAUCAGCAGUUGAGAUCAUGAGUUAAUUUGUUUAGAGUUCUCCAAUUUAGCGUUGACCAUAUAGGAAAUACUGUAUAUAAACAUAACAAACAGUAGUUUAUAGUACAUGUUUAUAUUUUUAUACAGGAUUUCCCAGUCAUGAUGGAUUUUUAUACUUUGAUAAAUACUAGUAAUUUUUUUUUUUCUAUUUUCUUUUACUUCCUUUAGCUUUAUAAGUGUCUUCUUCUGGCGUGAUUUCCUCUCUUUCUGGGUACCAUGAA